AGUCAAGGUAACCCUGAUAAAUUAUUGUCAUUGACUGUCAGAACGUAUAAAAGAGCUUACAGUUUUCACUUGAAUAUCAUUUUCUGUGUAUAGACGGUUUUAAAUCAUAUUUUAGUUGUGAAUUAACAUUACGCACAGAUUGGCGGUUUUGCCUUUGUGAUUCUUUAAGAAGUUGAAGUUAAUAAUGAAAAAUAUGUCUAACCGCGACGCAGCCACAAACCAACUAAUUGACUAUAAAAAUAAUUUGUCGAAAUCUCCUGGGACAAUAACGACAGCAGCUGGUAAUCCUGUUGGUAUUAAGGAUGCCACUCUGACCGUGGGACCAAGGGGUCCAGUAUUGUUGCAGGAUGUAAAUUUUUUGGAUGAAAUGGCUGCUUUCGACCGGGAACGUAUACCAGAGCGUGUUGUUCAUGCCAAAGGUGCCGGUGCUUUUGGAUAUUUUGAAGUAACACAUGAUAUUACAAAAUAUUGCGCGGCUAAGGUAUUUGAGAAGGUACAUAAGCGUACGCCGAUUGCUGUCCGUUUUUCCACUGUGGGUGGAGAAAGUGGAUCCGCUGAUACCGCCCGUGAUCCACGUGGUUUUGCAGUAAAAUUUUAUACUGAGGACGGUGUUUGGGACUUGGUGGGCAAUAACACACCAAUUUUUUUUAUUCGCGAUCCAAUUUUGUUCCCCAGCUUUAUCCACACCCAAAAACGUAAUCCGCAAACUCAUUUGAAAGAUCCUGAUAUGUUCUGGGACUUUUUAACUCUUCGGCCGGAAAGUACUCACCAGGUGUCCUAUUUGUUUGGCGAUCGAGGUAUUCCCGAUGGUUAUCGCCAUAUGAAUGGCUAUGGUUCUCAUACAUUUAAGUUGGUAAAUUGCAAAGGUGAACCUAUUUAUGCUAAGUUCCACUACAAAACUGAUCAAGGCAUCAAGAAUCUCGACCCUAAGGUUGCUCAAGAGUUAGCAGCAACUGAUCCAGAUUAUAGUAUUCGUGAUCUAUACAAUGCUAUUAAGAAUGGCAACUAUCCCAGUUGGACAUGGUAUCUGCAAGUGAUGACAUUUGACCAAGCUAAAAAAUUUAAAUAUAAUCCUUUUGAUGUGACAAAAGUGUGGAGCCAUAGGGAUUUCCCACUUAUCCAAGUUGGCAAGAUGGUGCUCGAUAGAAAUCCGACCAAUUACUUUGCUGAAGUUGAACAAAUUGCCUUUAGUCCAGCGCAUUUGGUUCCAGGCAUCGAACCAUCACCUGAUAAGAUGUUACAGGGUCGACUUUUUUCGUACUCGGAUACACAUAGACAUCGUUUAGGUCCUAAUUAUUUGCAAAUUCCGGUAAAUUGUCCUUAUCGUGUUAAUGUAACUAACUAUCAACGCGAUGGUGCAAUGCGUGUUAAUGAUAAUCAAGGUGGUGCUCCCAAUUAUUUCCCGAACUCGUUUUCUGGACCAGACGAAAGUGCUCGUGCAAAGAGCCUGAUGCCGUGUUGCCCUGUGCAGGGAGAAGUUUAUCGCUUUACCAGUGGCUUCACCGAGGACAAUUACAGCCAGGUGACAGAUUUUUGGGUUUAUGUUUUAGAUGAUAAAGCUCGUCAGCGUUUGGUAGCUAACAUUGUAGACAGUUUGAGCAAUGCCAGUCAAUUUAUUCAGGAGCGCGCUGUUAAGAACUUUACUUUAGUUCAUGCUGACUUUGGUAGAAUGCUUACUGAAGGUCUAAACCUGGCCAAAUCUUCCAAAAUUUAAAGAACUAUCUUCAUUAUAUUUGCACUUAUUUUCAAUGUUUAAAUUGUGUAUACACACAAUAACCACUUUUUUUGAGGUUACGGGUCGCUUUGUGAAACAUUUUCAUGAUAUAUUAUUACUACAUAAAGGGCUGUUAUCCAGUCUGCCAAUUUUUAAAAAAUUGUAUUGUUUAUUUUUAUUGGAUAAAAACCGUUUAAAAUUCAAAUUGUAGUAUUGUUUUAUGUUAUGUAAUUAUAUUCCUUUAAUCUUAUCGGAGAAGAUUAGGACAUUGUUGUUGAACUUAAUUUGUUGUUUAUAUAUCGCAAUCCCUUUAUGCUUGUAUAACCAUAUUAUGGUUAAACAAUAUAUAUAUUUUGUGUUUAAACAUGGACAGAUAUACAUGUAUAUAAUAUAUAUAUAUAUAUAUAUGUACGAUUUUUUACAUUUUUAAUAAAAUUUGAUAUUUUCAUAAAAUAAAAAAUACCCCACAUUUUUAAUAGCAAUGAAAACGAAUGUGUGCAGAGCUGAGUACGGAUGUACAUUCACUAACUUACGAUGAAAUUUCGUUUGCAAUUAUGGUUAUAAUCAGCCUUAUUGUAAUCUUCGUGUGAAUUCCAUUCGCCAUGGAAAAUUUCUAGUACCGAUUGGAUCAAAAAAGAUAUGUACGAUAUAUAAUUACUUGUUUUUAAUUAAUUAAGGCUACGUUCGGUUGUAACCGAACCUUUCGUACUCUUGCAACUUACAAGGAUCAUAGCCGGGGAAAUACCUUCAGGUGUUGUCAAAACUUUAUAUUAAGAAAGGUAGCGAAAAGGUUCAACUUCAUUGUUCGACGAAAUGCUGAAUGAAAUACAAUCAAAUUUGGUAUCAUAUUAACUUAUUUCGAAGGUCAUAGACCCACUUAGUUUUAUUACUAUAUUUUACUUCUCGCUAGCGAAAAUUAUUUUAAAAUCAUCCUCAAAUGAGAUAUAUGUGAUAUAAACCGAAGAGGCUAAAUUAAAUAUAUUGAGUUGAGUUGGGUAUAAUAUAAUUUCAUAACUUUUAAGAAAACGUGUUCAGUUAAUUUCAUAAAAAUAUCACAUAUUUUGACCAACCAUUUUUUCACAUUGUUCAGAUUUAUAAAUGUAUAAAUAUAAACAUAUGGUAUAUGUAAGUAGUAAAAUUAGCCGGUUGUUUCAAAAUCCUGAAUAUCAGAUAUAUGGGGUCUAAGGCAAUUUUUCGUGCGAUUUUAUCUGUUUUAGGCACAAAGAUAUAUUGACAUUAGAAAAACACACUGUGAAAAUUGCAGUAUAAAGUCAACUGGAAGUUCGAAAAUCUUUAGAUUAGGUAUAUGGGGGAAGUAUUUAUCCGACUCAACCCAUUGCGCCCAUUGUCAAAAUGUCACAUAGGUGCGUCAGCAUAAUGUUAUGUACCGAAAUUGGUUUAGUAGGAGCAGAGAUAUAUGAUUAUGCCUAAAUGUGUGCGGUGCCAUGCCUAUCGUUUAAUUUUGACCCCGGCUCCUAUAAAACCCAUAUGUAUCAUUCUGAGUGUAAAAUUUAAUGUCCCUGGUGAAUUUACUUAUUGAUUUAUAGCGUUUUUAGUAGUUUUGUGAGCGCGGCAGUGGUCCGAUUACGCUCAUCAAUGAACUCGUCCUCACUUUAUUUUGCCAAGAAACACGUGUACCGAGUUUCAUUAAGAUUAAUUUUUACUCAAGAUAGUUACUCUGUAGCAACAUGUUGCAAGGUUAUAAAAAAUUCUUUUAGUUUAAAUGAAAGAAAAAUAAAAAUAAAAGAAAGGUCAAUCUCUCUAACCGUAAAGCAUUUUGAAAAUAUACUGAAGGCACUUUUUUUCUUUCAUCUGAACACAGUCGAGGUCUUUUAGCAAACGCUAAUUCAGGAAAUGCAAUUUUUCUUUUAUUUAUAGUAUAUAAUUCUACAACAUAAAAAUAACAGUCAUCAACGUGAUUUUUCGGUUCUGUCCAUAUCAUCGGCAUACUACACUUUAAUUAUUUACAAUUUGCCAACUUUCUUAAAAGUUCACCACUCAACUUGCAUACAAUGUGUGGAACUCACGGUUUGUUUAGAACCAUCAUCUCUGUAUUAAAGCAAUUAAUGUAUGUAUGUAUGUACAUAACAUACAUAUGUCUUCUAUAAAUAGUAUACCAUAUGUAUAUACAUACAUACAUCAAUUGGUAUAAACUCCACUAAAAGCUGCCAAAGCAUAUCCAAGGUUGAUAGAACACAGGUUCCGACAGCCGUUAACGUUAUAGAACCAACAUCGUCAUACGAGUAGGACGAGUUUAAAACAAAAAAACCGCACAUCCGAAUUUUUCUGGGUGUUGGGCGAAAUUAAAAUUAAUAGUAUUAUUCAAAGCAUUUCCCAUCUGAAGCUAUGUUAUAACAUUUUCCUAUCUUUCUGACAAGUUGUGCAUUUCAUUCCAAAAAAACUGCGCUGGCUUGGCGGUAAAGAAUGAUUCAAGCCAAUUUUUGAUUCCCUUUUCUUGAAGUGAACCGUAUUUCAGUGAGAUAAGGUCCUUUACGAGGUUUUGCUGUCUUUGAGAACAAUAUGCAUCGAGUAACGCUUGUCCUCAUUUUAAAUCGCGCCAUUUAAACCAUUUUGGCGUUCGUUCAGCUAGAACAUGAUAACCAUAAACUUCCACCCAAAAAUAAUGACUCUCGCCGGAGGCUCAAAUGUGAAGUAGUGGCGACUCUGCUAAAGCUGUAAUUGCCUGGAGAGCAUUAAGGAUCGUUGUUACUAACGUAAUUGGCAACACUCUCAUGUUAGCUAUUGUAAAUAUGUGAGUACUCUAAUGGAAAUCUUUUCGAAAUCGAAAGUUCAUAUGUCACUGAAAGUUUUUUAAUGCAUGCUUAUCUUGAUUGGUUAGAAAAGCAGCGGUCAAGUGAAUCUGAUGAGCAGAAGGUUUUCGCCACCGUUUACUGUUCUAAUAGAGGCCCUCUACAACGGUAAAAAAACGCCAUGAUAGCAGAUAUACAUAUGUUGGUGGCUAAAAAAUUAAAUUGAUUAUGAAGAUGGAAAAAAUGAUUCCAAGUAGUUUUUAUCAAAAAUUUAUAAAGAUAUAUACAUAUAUAAAUGCUUCUGUUAUUGUUUUUUUCUUCAAGUAUGAAAGGUCUAUAACCACGCAUAUCAGGAGAAAAAGGCAUUUCAUCACUUUAUACCAAUAUUUCAUAAAUCAGGCUAGUACUCUUCGAAAUAUGAACUAUUUUUAUAGAAACCCAAAUUUUAGUUAAAAUUAAAAGUCAAAAGUAUCCUACAAGACGGGUAAAAGUUAGCUAACUGGGUACCGAUAGGUUAUCAGUAAUUAAUGCAUUAGUUAUCCGAUAUGUUACUUUUGUUCCAGCCUCGGAAAGAAAGUAACUAUUUCUCCUCUUUCGCUACAAGUCGUUGUGAUUAUCUUACUCGCUCUCUCUCAUUGCUUUUGCGAAAAUGAUACAUAUAUUUUGCUGUUAUACUUUGCCAACUAAUUUGGAAAACUAUCUGUUAUUGCUUAUUUAACAGCGUCCUUUUCAUUGGCUAUUUAUUUGGUUAGCCAUCUGUUACUAAAAAAAGUUUGUUUGGUUAUUGCUAUGGUUACCUAUAAGUUACAGAAAACUGGUUCAUAGGAUAUUUGUUAGCCCUUGUUUACAAAAAACUGGUUGAUCGGUUACUUCGUCAGCUUCAGUUAUUUGUUUGGUUAUUAAUUGGUUACCCCUGCCUAACGUAUCGGUUACCUUUUUCCUUAUAAAUAAAUUGAAAUUAUAGUUUAAAUUUUAUUUAUUAAUUUAUUCUUUUUUUUUUGAAUUUACAUGUUUAUACAUCUUAGAUCUUAUUUUAGAUUAGAUUUCAAACAUUAACAUUUAUAUAUACCAUGUAUACUUGUACAUACAUAUGUACGUCUCAAACUACAUUUUCCUUCUUACAAUCAUUAUCAGUAUUUGUAAAAAAAAAACUAGUUUGUGACGUAUAUAUGUAUGUAUAUAUGGUAUUACUAUUAUAGAUAGUUAAUAUUAAUUGUUAAACUUUUAUAGUUUACAACAAUAGUUACAUUAAUUUACUAAUUGUUUAUAUGUGGACAUCUUGCACAUUUACCCUAAUUGAACAAUAAUAUUUAAAAUUAAUUAAUUUAGUACUUAAUACUAAUGGUAACUUAAAUUUUAUAAUUUAAAAACUAAAAUGGUGAUAUUGAAGUCCAGCUUGAGAACUUUGCAUCGAAAUUUGCAAAUAUCUAAAAUGAGUUAAAAAGAAUUAAAAAUUGCUUUGUUUUGUAUUUGUUAAAGUAAAUUAUGGUAUCUAUAUUAUAUUUAAAAAAAAAAUGCAAGUUUGUACACAACUCAUAUAAAAAGUUGAGAGCUACAAUAUUUAACAUGCUACUUAACAUAGAUACGGUUAGCUACAUGUUAAGAAACGUCAAAAAUUUUACUUAAAUUUGAACAUACAAGGUGCGUUCCAAAGUAAACUCUAGUGGCGCCAUCUAUAUGUCGUCUAGUGCGUUUGAAUCUGCUAUCCUUUAUCGACUUUCAGUAAAAAUUUUAUUGAAAUUGGAAGUGAAGUUAUUGCGUUUUUAGUGUCAGUAUGUUUAUGUCAUCGAUGCGAAAAUGAGCUUCGAACAGAGAGCCAACUAAAAAUUUUGUUUUAAAAUUGGUAAAACUUUUACUGAAACGUUUCAAUUGAUGAUUGCACGAGUACUUUCAACGUUUUCAAAGUGGUCGUGAGGACAUAAAUGAGCCGAAACCCAAAAAAUCGCGUCUGGAGAAGUCAAAAGUGAAGACAAUGCUGAUUUGUUUUUAUUAUUCCAAGGGUAUUGUCCACAAAGAAUUUGUUCCACCCGGCCAAAACGUUAAUGCGGUAUCCUACCUUGGAGUUUUGAAGCGUUUGGUGCGCCGUAUUCGACGUUUUCGGCCAGAAUAUCGCGAAGAUGGAAGUUGGCGUUUGUUGCAUGACCGGGCAACGAGCUAAAACACUCGUUCGACAUGCUUUAGGACCGUGCAAAAAGCUGUAUUAAAGCAGAAGGAGACUAUUUUGAAUAAAAUUAAUUGAUUUUGCCGAUAAAACUAUUUGUUCUGUUUUUUUUUUAAAGUCCUGUUUACUUAGGAACACUUGUAGAAUCUUUUGUUUACUACCCAUAACAAUUUGUUUGCUAACCAAACAAUUGAUUUACAUGGGUUACCUAUUUUAAGGUAACAAAAUAUUAAGAUCUCAGCUGAUGACAUUUUCUAACUAAAUAAAAGAUUACAGGUUAAUAUGAAAAAUCUUCCACUUUCAAUUUUGUGCUAAAAUGAACAAGAAGAAACAAUUUUUAAUAAAACUUUCAAUAAAUAAAGUGUAUAUACAUAUUCAACAUAGAAAUAUCCAAUAUUGGUCACUUAUGAUUAUAUUAUUCAUACUUAUAUAUUAUUAUAAUGCCGAUAAAUGUUAUAUUAAUGUCAUACAAGGUAAUCUAUGCCCAACACUUUGAAUAUUUUAAUUCGACACGCAGCAACCAUGCCGAAAUGCGUGUUGGAUUGAAAUCGGGCAUCUCAUAGUAAAUAUUUACAAAUUCUUGAUCCUCACCCCAUAGUAGACAUUUACGCAUUCUUGAUCUUCCGAGAUGAUCUCUGCGUAUAAAUAGCAGGCCAUUACUUUCCACAAGGUGGUGUGCUUCAAACGACACAGCACGCUCUUAGCCUUCUCGACGCUGCACACGUCAGCAUAAUGUUAGUGUCAUCUAAAAACACUUAAAAAAUACACAAAGUAAAUGAAUAAGUAGUUCAUUUAAACAUUGCGCAGCCAUGCUUACCUGUGUAGCACGUUCGCCUAAACUCUGCGAGACCAGAGCACCCAGUAUUUCGCCAGGGUUAGCUAAUGCCUGCUGAAAACGCGUUUCAAUAUUACCAAUCAACCAUUCCAACGCCUCGGCCGACAGACUGGACUCCUCCACUACAUACUUCGUGCAAAGCGGGGAGCGCGCCAUCAUGCGCUGCAAAUUGCAAGGCAAUACAACCUAGAGGAGGCACGACAAGAAAUCGGUCUUUCCAACCUUAAAGCACAAAGUAAGGCAACCUACCUUGGAAUCACCAUUGGGAAAAUAUCACUUGACUUCGAGCUUGGGCAGCGCAUUGAGAGUUUUCCUCCGCCCUCUGCAAUUAUACUUAAUCAAUUCUUUGGAAAAAAAACAAUAUUCAAGAACGUACAUUCUUAAUAAGCGCCUUUUGAAUCUACAAAACCAAAUAAAAUAAUAUAAAUUUUAAGUCGGCAGAAUGCAGACUAUGCGUGGAGGAUGAUGAAUCGCUGCUUCCCAGGGAUAAUUGAAGGGAUACACGACUUCAUAAUAAGUUGAAAAUAAAUAUUAGGUCUGCAACUAAAUAUAUUUCAUGUUAUUAAAUGAUUUGAUACAUUUACUCGCUUAUGUACCACACAGUUUUUUGUUGCAAUCCAAAAAUUUACGUACAAAUUCCCCUCUUAUGUAUCACUUCAAAUAUCUUUCUUUUUUUCUCUUGAAUUGUUAUUUUUUUUUUAUUGAAACACAUGUAAUGUGUUCCUGUAUUCAUCAAAAUUUAGUUUGUAAACAAUGUGAUCUCAUAUUGUGUUCAGAAAUGAACAUGUGCGUUGAUGGCAAAGGGCAUCACUUUCAGUAUACAUCAACAAAUUUAGUUUUAUUAUUCUACAUAUUAAGAAUAAAAUAUUUCUCAGCUUAACGACGAUCUUUAUUUUUUCUCCACCAGCGGUAAGAGUCUAAAGAUUUUUCAUUGAGUUUAAACAUUGGUCUUACAAACCAAUUAUACAUUUGGUCCUUCGAGCCGGAUAGUGCUCAAGCCGAAGAAACAAAACAAAAGUCCUGUAUGAUGAAGCAUACAGCCAAUAUACAUUGGUAUUACAAACCAAAAAUAAAAAGUCCUGUAUGAUAAAGCAUGCAGGCAAUAUACAAAUCAAAAAUUAUAAGUCCUGAUAUACAUACAACAAGAACGAAUACCUGUACUUAUAAAACAGGCAAAACCAAAUGUCCUGUAAUUUACACAAAAAUAAAAUACAAAAUAAGUAAAACACGGAAUGUCGAACACUGACUUUUUAACGUGAUAUGGAAUGAAAGCCAUGACAACUAUACAAGGUCCGAAGAGAUGGACACAGCGCUAACGAUUAACACAGUGGAGGCACUCAAGGCAAUAUAGACUUCUGUAACAAAGUUAUUUUACAAGCAGAAAUAGAACUGAAUAUGGCCAAUGAAAAUGAGCUUGAAAAAUACGAAACAUACAUUAAUCUAUCGUUAAUACAACAUAGAAAGGCGCAUAGUCAUCGUGAACCGAUAUGUGAGAUGUCAAGAUUUAAAUGGCAGAAAGGCGAAUAUCCAGCCACCAGCUACGACGUUGACGAACAUGACACGACCACAUCCUGCGGGCACCUUACCAGCAGUCACUUUUGUCGCCCGGGAGUAUGUUCAAAAGUGAACAUGUGCGUUGAUGCCAAAGGGCAUCACUUUCAGUAUACUCAACAAAUUUAGUUUUAUUAUUCUUCAUAUCAAUAAUGAAAUAUUUCUCAGUUCAAUGAAGAUCUUUAUUUUUUCCCCACCAGCGGUAAGAGUCUAAAGAUUCUUCAUUGAGUUUUAAACAUUGGUCUAACAAACCAAUGAAACAUAUUGCAAUGCGUAUAAUGCAAAAUUUUAUUUUUAACUUUGUUGCUUUUAAUUUAAUAUUAAAUAUUGCUAAAGAACUGCA